AUGAGAAUUGUAAGAGAAAUAGCGAGCCCACUUCAAUCCAAAGUAGUGUGGACAAGGGACACAGCUGUGAAUUCGAAAAUUUCAAAUGCUGAUCCUGAAGCAAUUGUUGCAACAAUUCCUCAGCAAAAUGCUACAGAGAAGCCUAUGAGCACGCCACCUCCACCAUUUCCUCAACGCUUUCAAAAGCAGCAACGAGAUGGUCAAUUAUGGAGAUUCUUAGAUGUUUUGAAACAACUUCACAUCAAUAUACCGUUAGUGGAAGCUUUGGAGCAAAUGCCCAACUAUGUGAAGUUUUUGAAGGAUAUUUUAACUAAGAAGAGGAGGCUUGGUGAAUUUGAGACGGUGGCUUUGACUGAAGGUUGUAGUGCUAUAUUGAAGAAUAAAAUUCCUCCUAAAUUGAAAGAUCUGGGCAGCUUCACAAUUCCUUGUUCUAUUGGUGGUAGAGAUGUUGGUAGAGCACUUUGUGACUUGGGGGCUAGUAUCAAUUUGACGCCCAUGUCAAUUUUCAAGAAGUUGGGGAUUGGAGAAGCAAGACCAACCACAGUCGCUUUGUAA